UUAAAGAGUCUAUCUUCCUGUGUGUUGUCAGAUGAGGCUGUGUGGUGAGUAGCUCUAUCACAAGUCAGUGGACGACCAGGAGAGGAGCAUCCUAGAGAGGAAGAGGAAGAUACAGCACGCCAUUACGGUGUGUGCAGAUGAUCAGACCAUCUCCCCAGAUGUGGACGAGUGUGAGGUGGAGUCGUUGUGCUCUAGUGGUACCUACUGUGAGAAUACUGCCGGGUCACAUGACUGUAAAGGCCAAGUGCCUUGAGUGGCUUCUCAAGACGGUGAAGAAGAGGAACGAACAGUCGGAAGUGACGGAGAUACUGGAUGAGUCCGGUGUGACCCCCGCCCACUUUGCAGCACAGGGAGGACACCUCGACUAUCUACAGCUGCUUAUGGACUUUGGCUACAGCAUGGUCCACACGGACAGGGAGAACCAGAAGCCAGUGGACUGGGCCGAUGCUAUGGGUCAGAAUAUCUGUGUCCGCUAUCUCAUGAUGUACGAGACUUGUUGGGCACUCUCCGGAGAACUGACACACAAUGCCGAGCAGCUCGCUAUUGUACAGAAGGAGAAUGGACAGUUACGAGAUGCAUUCUCCAGUCUAGAGAAAGAGCAUGAGUCUGCCAUUACUAAACUGCUGACUAGUCACGAGGAGAGACUGACUAAGAUGAGGGAACAUCACGUCGACCUCAUGGCAUCAAUACUGCACAUGAACCAGGACACUCCGCCCACUGGAGGGGGAGGGGCUACUGCACCAUCAGCCAAUAAGAAGAUAGUGAGGACGACCGGAGAGAGCUCUUGUCUGGCAGGACAGACCCAACAGCUGCAGGCAGGACUACAGCGUCUCUUGUCAGCUGAGCUGCUCUGGAGCGAGGGCUGUGAUGAGUGUAAGAGUGGCUACAGGAUGGAGGAGAACAUCUGCGUGGGCCAAGUGCCUUGAGUGGCUUCUCAAGACGGUCAAGAAGAGGAACGAACAGUCGGAAGUGACGGAUAUACUGGAUGAGUCUGGUGUGACCCCCGCCCACUUAGCAGCACAGGGAGGACACCUCGACUAUCUACAGCUGCUCAUGGACUUUGGCUACAGCAUGGUCCACACGGACAGGGAGAACAAGAAGCCGGUGGAUUGGGCCGAUGCUAUGGAUCAGAAUAUCUGUGUCCGCUAUCUUAUGAUGUACGAGACUUGUUGAGCACUCUCCGGAGAACUGACACACAUGGCCGAGCAGCUCGCUAUUGUACAGAAGGAGAAUGGACAGUUACGAGAUGCAUUCUCCAGUCUAGAGAAAGAGCAUGAAUCUGCCAUUACUAAACUGCUGACUAGUCACGAGGAGAGACUGACUAAGAUGAGGGAACAUCACGUCGACCUCAUGGCAUUAAUACUGCACAUGAACCAGGACACUCCGCCCACUGGAGGGGGAGGGGCUACUGCACCAUCAGCCAAUAAGAAGGGUCAAGUACCUGUGCGGAAGACGCCCCCUGAACCACCCACUACCCGGCCCUAAACGAUCCUCCAAUCGUCCCCCUGUACCCCCGGAUCCUGCUGCUAAGAAGAGGUCACGAGGGUCAAAGGACAGAGGUCAUGAGGUGGCAGAUAAAGGGGAGGACCAUAAUACCAUUGACUAUCGAACAGCCACCCCCCAAGAAGUGUUAGAAAAAUCAUCAAAUUGGGGUCACAGUACUAAAGUUAUGGCUGCUGAAAGAUGUUCAACUUCUGCAACAUGUCUGUGCUUGAAAUAUAACUAGGAAGCAUAUGACGUCAGUAGCUCAGCGUAUGAAUGCUAAUGGAGAGGCUCGUAAACGUGGUGGUGGUAUGACCUGAACCUUCUCCCCCCUCACUCCUAUCAUACAGCGCCUCUACAGCAAGUCACAUGAGGUGAGAGACACUGUACAUGUGUGUAGCUUGUGUGCAAUACAGUAGAGUUACGUACGCACUGUAUCAUACCUGUUUGGUAGUGGCCAUGCACCGGGCAGAGGUUUGGAGGUCCAUUAACCUGGCUGUAUUAUAGACGCUACUUGUAGGGUAUAGACAGGUUUCAAUGUAGCCAACAGUAUAGACUUUAGUAGCUACCUACAUUGUUUGAUUUCUGUGCCCAGGCUGAUAGCAAGAGUGAGAGGUCCUCCAGGAGCCAGAGACACACAGAGUGAGUUAUCCUACACUUUACUGGGAGACCACUCGGCCAUUGCAUACACUUGCUAGUGUCACUGUGUAUUACCAAUCGUGUGUGUACACUAUAGCAGUCACUUUAGUUGCAGCAUUAUUUCUGUUCUUUAUAAAUUACCCCCCACCCACACACGCCCACACACUGUAGAGACGCUAGGAGAUCGGCUCCGAAAGUCAAGUUCUCUAAAACUAUUACCGAGUUUCCAGACUACAGUCGCUAUGACAACCCGACAGAGAUCAAAUCAGUAUCAAGCCCAGGUCAAAGUCCGUCCCAUAGUCACCAUGGCAAGUUGGAUGGGGACUCGCUGAGGGUCAAAGGUGAAAGCUCGGAACACAUCAGAAAAAAAAAUUAUUAUUAGCAUACAAACUGUUCAUUAUUUUUAUUGCUUAUACUCAAGAUUUGUAUGUUACUAAUGAUAGUAUCAUUUGCCAUAUGCACAGUGUGUAAUGUAUGUAGGCCCUGAUAAAUUAUGCUCGGAAUAAUUUUUAGCAUUAUAGGUGUAGAUAAAUUAAUAGCGUCAAUGUCCAUUUUUGGUAAAGAUCAUUACAUUAAGUUUUGCAUAACAAUUUUUUCAUG